UUUGAGACGCGACAACAUUCCGCUUGUCACAGAUUGGUGGCCAACAUCUCUUCGAUAACGUUAUAGCCUAGUAUUUACCAGCAAGGCUGCUAGCACGUCCUAUCAGAAAUUCUGCUUGGUGCUGUUCAACAUGACUAUGUAUUGCGCCUUAUCCUGAUGACUGUCCAAGCAGUUGCAGUAGCAAUGGUGGCCAGAGUCGACGUAUCGUACUGAAGUUAGGUACGAUUAAGUGAACACCAACAGGUAACGUACGACAAAAGGCACCGCCGCUCGGUGGUUCAAUACGAUCUUCUACGUUGUGACAGAUAAAACAUGCCCGCCAGUUGCAAGCCGAUAAUUUAAGCUGUGCAAGAGCGAUGGCAUAGAUCCUUACAGGCAAAAGAAAGGGACCAUGCGGAGCCUCCAAUAUGGGACACAGAGGCCACAUAGAUGAAGCAGAAAUCAAGCUUUGCAACUUAGGAGACACGUUUGAAACAACGCCAGAAACGGAAGACCGCACUAAUGAGUAAGAAACAAUUAAAAAAAAAAAAAAUUUAUCGUAUAACGCUCUCAUCCUCAGCGAGCCAGGAUGAUCGGGAUUUUCGACGGCAUUCACAGAAUCUUUCGACUCCGUAGAAGAGGUGCCAUUGUCGAAAAUGGCGUAUUUCGUCUACACUGGCAGUUUACCGCGGGCCUGUUGUUAUUUUUAGCAGUAAUUAUUUCGGCACGGCAGUACGUCGGAGCACCAAUUGAGUGCACCACUCUAACCGGUGUGCCACCUGCAGUGAUUAAUGCUUAUUGUUGGAUAUAUCCUACCUUUACUUUACCUGACGCUCAUAAGAAGCAAAUUGGUGUGGACGUCCCCGCGCCGGGUAUUGACAAUUCAGCGAACUAUGAUAAAAAAAAAUUUGUUUCCUAUUACCAGUGGGUGUAUUUAACCCUCAUUAUUCAGGCUAUCCUGUUCUAUUUGCCUCACUAUUGCUGGAAAAGCUGGGAAGGUGGACUUAUGGGAGCUUUGACCGGCGGGACUGUCAAGUCCGAAGAGGAAAGACAUAAAAAACGUGAGAUAAUCACAUUAUGGAUUGAUCGGAACUUCGGCCGGCGAAAUCUCUAUACGUACAAGUAUCUUUUUUGCGAGCUGUUGUGCUUUUUUAACGUUUUCAUGCAGAUGUUCCUCAUGGACAGUUUCCUUAAUUACGAAUUCAUGAAGUAUGGCAUUCGCGUACUCGAGGUCCUAACGCAGGAGGAUAGCAGGCGUGGCGAUCCGAUGAUUUACGUUUUUCCCCGAGUGACAAAGUGCGUCUUCCACGAAUUUGGAUAUUCCGGCGACGUCAUGCAUCGGGACGUGCUCUGCGUGUUACCGCAGAACGUCUUCAACGAAAAGCUCUUCAUACUCGUGUGGUUCUGGUUUGUUUUGCUACUCAGCAUCUUUUCUGGUCUCAUCAUUUAUCGCAUCGUAAUACUCCUUUCGCCGUCGAUGCGCAAACGCCUACUCAUGAACCGCUGUCACCUCGGCGAUCCUGAGGAUGUUUGUCUUAUAGUGAAGGCUACCAAUAUCGGUGAUUGGUUUUUUCUCUAUAUGAUGGGUCCCAACCUCGAUUCAAUGCUGUUCGCCGAAGUGAUCGGGGAAAUGGCCGUUACACCGAACGUGCGAUCGAAUCGGAAUGACGCUCGGAUUCAAUUCAAUAUCACCGAGAAAACCGCACUUAAGGCAACGGCGCCUAACAACUCUAUGAGCCCAGCAUUGUAGUGCUGCUCGCCGAAAACUUUCAUUUCAUUACCGAAGGCCUCCGGAAGUAUUUUUGUUCUGCGUCUCAGUUUGAUUUAUCGGUAUCCAAAAAUAGCUGGCAGCGGUCCCCGCCAUCUUCAGCUCGGUUCCUACGGUGACAACGAUGGCCCGACAUCCACUUAACCAUUGCGCCUUUACCUCGCUCGCUAGUACCGAUGUAACGCAAAAAUGGCCAAUACGCUCGAUAGCAUGCUGGAACGCAAAUUAUUUUGUGGGCGCAGACCCAAAUAGGUAAUCAGAGAGCUGAGCAGAUCGGCCCACCCCCAGUCUUCCUACUCAUUGACUACCCGCCACGACGUGGUGCAUACAGGCUUUCCGCUGUUCUUGCAUAUUAUACCUGGCAAGCAUCAAAGAGACAUAUCUGAAUAAACAUGUGUUACCCUGAAGCGCAUUCAGCCGCUCACACUGUGGUAACUAGCAGGUGACACACCAUCACUGUCCUUACAGAGAGACAGAUUUACCUACUGGCACUUAACAACAGUGCCGAACUUGCAUGGAGAGCUUAUAUGAAGCGGUGUUUUCUAUUUACGGUUUUCUGAGAUCAACAAUGAGCACUGCUUCGCCAUUAAUCAUUCAUCAUCAACACACGCUAGAUUUGUGCUACUGGGACCGUCGUGUAACAUACUGCGGUGACAAUCUAUUAUUUAGAAUAGUCAUUCGAUGACGUGCGUUCGCCAUAAUGGGAUAACCCAUCUACAUAUAUCUACUUUCAUAAAAUAACAAGAAGUAACCUGAGAUCGCUUUUUUACAUGAAUAUUGAUCAAACAAACAUCGUAUGAGUACCUAGGUUAAACAAAUGCUACUUAUUUGUAAUCGUAACAGUAUUAUUUUUAUCGUUACUAUUUUUCUAACAAACCGAAGUUAAAAAAAAAAACCUUAAAAACUAGAAUAUAAUAAACAACACAAACCUUGUUGGGUCCCAAAACUCUGAUUGUCUUAUCUUUCUCCAUAAAGUAUUGCGUUUAUACGCGGCGUGAUAUGACUGAGCUAUUCGUUGAAUUUUCACCGUUUUCGGUAUGUAUCCACCCGUCUUCGUGUAUCCCUAUCCUGGGAGCCGUGGAUCCGAUUUUACGGUUGUUUUGGCAGGCUAAAAACGCUGUAAUUAAUGAUGCUGCUACAAGGCAAGGUAUCGAUACCAAGCUAUUGCAUACGGUGAGAAAAUAAAGCGCUAAAACACUAUUAUCGAUUACUGUUCGAAUCGAUGCUUGUCAUUUUUGGCAAACUGGUAACUAUAGGUGAAUCAACGAGAAAAUGAACAACUUGACAUUGCAAGGCGAUUUCAAAUGUGCCCAUUACCUCUGAACCCACGACAUGUACACGUUCGGUCGAGUACCACUUUCAACGAAGUGGGCAUGGUGAGACAUCUUACUAAGUAGGUCAGAAGAGGACCGAUCUGGUAAAAGCACCUCGAGAAUCAAAAAAACCUCCGAAACGAUUCUUACAAAGGCAUCUGGGUGGCUACUUAGUUUUUUUUUCGUCAACUCAAGAGCAUUAUUUUUCAUGUGAAUAAAAUAUACACAUAUCUUAAUGGUGAUAGUUAAGUGCAUUCAUGUUUCCAAUCGCCUGAAUGUAAAUACAACCUAUAUCAGGCUUUGUUACUAAG